AUGCCACAUAGGAGAGACUAUCCAGUGAGGCUCUCUGAGACCAGAGACUAUCCAGUGAGGCUCUCUGAGACCAGAGACUAUCCAGUGAGGCUCUCUGAGACCAGAGACUAUCCAGUGAGGCUCUCUGAGACCAGAGACUAUCCAGUGAGGCUCUCUGAGACCAGAGACUAUCCAGUGAGGCUCUCUGAGACCAGAGACUAUCCAGUGAGGCUCUCUGAGACCAGAGACUAUCCAGUGAGGCUCUCUGAGACCAGAGACUAUCCAGUGAGGCUCUCUGAGACCAGAGACUAUCCAGUGAGGCUCUCUGAGACCAGAGACUAUCCAGUGAGGCUCUCUGAGACCAGAGACUAUCCAGUGAGGCUCUCUGAGACCAGAGACUAUCCAGUGAGGCUCUCUGAGACCAGAGACUAUCCAGUGAGGCUCUCUGAGACCAGAGACUAUCCAGUGAGGCUCUCUGAGACCAGAGACUAUCCAGUGAGGCUCUCUGAGACCAGAGACUAUCCAGUGAGGCUCUCUGAGACCAGAGACUAUCCAGUGAGGCUCUCUGAGACCAAAGACUAUCCAGUGAGGCUCUCUGAGACCAGAGACUAUCCAGUGAGGCUCUCUGAGACCAGAGACUAUCCAGUGAGGCUCUCUGAGACCAGAGACUAUCCACUGCCUGCUCCAGAGACUCUGGAUCCUGCCUCUAAGACUCCGGUGCUUGUCUUGGCAGUCAUCUCGCUCAUAUUAAUCUCAACACCUCCAGUCUAA